AUGACUGAGUUUAAUAAAGGAAGUCAUGAAAACGCUUUGGAAUAUUAUAAACAUUCGUAUGAUUUGUUAGUGAAUACUGAGAUUCCACGUGUGGGACCAUCAGUUUAUCUAAUAAAUGAUAUUGGCUCAAUUUUAAACAUUCGAGAACAAUAUGAUCAAGCUCUGGAAUAUUAUAUGCGUGCGCUGAAAAUUAGCCAAGAUCAUUCGAAUUAUCCUGUGAUUGCUGUUUCUCUAGGAAGCAUUGGAAUAAUCUAUCGUAUCAAAGGUGAAUAUUAUUGUGCAUUAAAUUAUCAAAUGAGAUGUCUUGACAUGAAGAAAAAAAAUUUUCCGAACGAACAUAGAGAAAUAGCGAAAAUAUCGGAUCAUAUUGCUGCCAUAUUUAACGGUCUGGGUGAUUUCGCUGGUGCAAUGAAAUAUCAUCAAAAAAGUUUAAAAAUGCAUGAAAAAUAUCUACUGAACGGACAUGAUAAUAUUGAAUCCAAUUUCAAUCAUCUUGCUCAUCUAUUAACUAAUCAAGAGAAAUACAAUGAAGCUUUAAAUUAG